CACUACGCAUGGAGUCGAGAGGGUGAUUAAGCUCCUCUUUCGUUCCUCCCCGUAAUCAAGCAAAGCAAUUAAGAGACCGAUUUAUAUAACAAUGGCGGAGAAAAGCAAGAUUUUGAUCAUCGGAGGCACCGGCUACAUCGGAAAGUACGUAGUGGAAGCAAGCGCUAAGGCAGGCCAUCCCACCUUUGCUCUGGCGAGGGAAAGCACUGUCUCCGAUCCUAUCAAGGGAAAACUCAUCGACAAUUUCAGAACCUUAGGCGUCAAUUUAUUGCAUGGGGAUCUGUACGACCACGAGAGUCUGGUGAAGGCCAUCAAGCAGGUCGACGUGGUCAUAUCCACCGUGGGUCAUAUGCAGCUAGCAGAUCAAGUCGAGAUCAUUUCUGCCAUUAAAGAGGCUGGUAACGUCAAGAGAUUUUUCCCUUCAGAAUUCGGGAACGACGUGGAUCGUGUGCACGCAGUGGAACCAGCAAAAUCCGCGUUCGCGAUCAAGGCCCAAAUCCGACGUGCUAUUGAAGCCGAAGGUAUACCAUACACUUACGUUUCAAGCAACUGCUUUGCUGGCUAUUUUCUGCCCUCGUUGGUGCAGCCAGGAGCCACUGCCCCUCCCAGAGACAAAGUCAUCAUCUUAGGCGAUGGCAAUCCCAAAGCCGUUUUCAACAAGGAAGAGGACAUCGGAACCUACACAAUUCGAGCUGUCGAUGACCCGAGGACAUUGAACAAGAUUCUCUACCUCAGGCCUCCUAAGAACAUUUAUUCCUUCAAUGAGCUGGUUGCCUUGUGGGAGAAGAAGAUCGGCAAGACCCUGGAAAAGAUUUACGUUCCAGAAGAGAAACUUCUCAAGGACAUUCAAGAGUCACCUAUUCCUAUCAAUGUGGUUUUGGCAAUUAACCACUCGGUGUUCGUGAAGGGCGACCACACUAACUUCGAAAUUGAGCCUUCGUUCGGUGUCGAGGCUUCGGAGCUAUACCCUGAUGUCAAGUACACUACCGUGGAAGAAUACAUCGACCAAUUCGUCUGAGAAAUCAAGCACAUAUUUGCAUGCUAUGUGUGGUCCUGAGGGUGAUUCAAUAAAUAUAUAAUCUGAGUUCUCGCUUCUGUGUUUGAUGCCACUUUACUUUUCGGUUUUCUUUUUAAAAAGAGGCUGUUUAAACUCGUUAAUUUUGUACCCUCCAAUUAUCAUUGUUGCUUCUGUCAUUAGCUUGAGCUUUUAAGAAAAGCUUCCGAACAGAGAAAUGAGUGAAGGAAAGUGAGGGGGAGCUUAGUGGAACUUGUAUGCUUUGUUUGAUGAGAAACGAGAAUUCAAGCUUCAGAGUCCUUGAUCUGA